AUGCAACAGGACACUGUCGGCGACAAACAUGGCCAAACACACAGACAGAUGCAGGGGGAGAGGGCAUGGCUCGAACGAGCCGAACGCCUAGAAGAAGAAGACGAUAACGAUGACGGGACCGGAAGUAAGACGGAGAAACCGGGAGAGACCGAUCUAGGAGCGUUGGAAAGGGACUUGCUAGAAUACCGGUUCAGUGAAGACGACGAUGGGGAAGUCGAUGGGAGUUUAUUGCUGAUGGCACCAUCUUCCUUCAUGUCUCCUACAAAGGAGGCGUCGGCCGAUCUAUCUCCGAUGGACCCAAUAAGCCAGGCUAGAGAGUGCCGAAGCAGGGAUCCGCAGAAACUGCUUCAUGAAUCACCGAGGAGGAGGAAAAUUGAAGAGUCGAUGAAGAUAUCGUUCCUCAGUACGUUACCAGAAGAGGAAUGGGAAAGAUAUCAAAUGGAGCUGGAAGUUACCGAAGACAGUGCCGAUGAUCAGCAGGGCACAAAGAAAUUACUUGUUAGACGAGCCAGAAAAGGGCUGAAGAGACUGAAAGGAAAGUCAGGGAGUCGAGUCGUGAACCAGAAGGUGGUGAAGUCAAAAGCCAAGACCGUGGUGACCUCUCUGAUUAGUACCGGUCGGUCAGGCGAGAGCGGAAUAAUGCCUCCUAAAAAAGGUACCAAAAAAGCUCUCGCAGCUGGUGGCAAUGGAAACGGAAAAGAAGCUAUCACCACGUUGAAGCAAAAUGAGAAGAAGCUUCAACAUGAACUGAUAAAUCUUUUUGAUAAAGUGCAAAAUGGAAAAUUAGACAAUGAAACAGCAGUGUCGAUUCUCAGACGUUAUUAUGAAAAGGCAAGAGGAGUCACUGGUCAGAAUGAAAUUGAAAAUAUUCCAGACUUCGCAGAAAACAUCCAAGAUUUCAAUACUUUUAUCAGUGGAAUUUUGGUACAAAAUUAUGAGAUACCUGAAAAAUCGUUUCCCGUGGAAAAGAGCCUAAAACUUUUUGCUUCAUUUGCUUGCUACUGUAUAGGCGAAGAGUUGCCUUUUGUGGAUCAAUUAACAUGGCUAAUUGAACAGUUUCACGACGAUCAGCGAAAACAGUUUCGUCUGAAAACAUGUCAACUUAUACUGAAUAUCAUGACCCUGUGCGCGAGCGAAGAAAUUGACCUGAGCGUUGACCUCUGGAACAAACUCCGCAAUAUUCUGCUGGUUCGGAGCAGAGACAAAUCCUCGGAGGCGCGACUGAUGGCAGUGAAGGCACUCGUGUUUUUUCAGCCUCAAUUAGAUGAUGAAGAUAUGGAAGACGAUGCAGCUACGCGCACUCAGGAAUUGGACAAAGAUGCUGUCGUGAAACAAUUGGCCUUUUUAUUGGGAGCUGAAUCAGCUGAAAUACGCAAGGUGGUUCUAUCUUCUCUCGUGGUUAAUAACAACACAGUGUUGAAGUGUAUUCUGCGACACUGCCGUGACGUGGACAUGGGUUGUCGUGCAAUUGCUGUUCAGACGCUGUCUCAGUUUGUUACCAUUAAGGCUCUCUCGUUCCAGCAACGAGUGGAUGUUCUAACGAUUGCGUUCAGAAACUCAUCCCAUCCUGCAAUGGAAGCUGCGGUGAAGAGUCUUCUGAACAGCUGGCUGUCCCAGGUGGGAGGGGGCAUCUCUGACUUCCUCAAGGUCAUCGACCCUGUCUUGAAUCCUCUUCUCUGCUCCAAACUGGUCCACACCAUCUGUAUCUCCCUCCCCAAUCCACAAAUGGCUCUGGACAGUUUUGAUGUUUUAGACGAGCGGAAACUGUUGAGCGAGGAGUGGUGUUCUCCUGAGAAUGCGUUCCAGUGGAGCAAACUGCUGGAGUUCCUCAAGGACCAACACCAGACAGAACUGCUGGAUAAGAACACGCCCAAUGUCUCAGAGUUCGCUCACUUCUUAGCUCACCACUCGAAGAAACUUGGCGAGACGGACGUGGAAGACGAAUUGAUCAGUCGGACGUUCGUGCUGCAGCAGUUCCUGGACAUCGCAGACCUCCUGGAUCUGUCCAUGGACGAAGUGGGAAGGAAAAAUCUCGUGCAAGUGUUGGAAUGUAACCUGAGAAACGCUUCAAACAACGAGUACUCGCGACUUGUGACACAAGAGUUGAAAUUGCUCUAUAAGCUACUCGGGAAACAGAAAUUCAUUCACGCUUCUUUGGACGCCAUCGACGAGUUGCGAUUUCCUCUCGGAGGCACGAGCAGCGACGACUUCGAAGUGCAGAAAGGCCGUGCGAUGAAUAAGUCGGCGACUGAAAUGGGAAACCAGUCAGUAGCGGGAAGUGCGAAUGAAUCAUCAGUAUCGUCUUUGGACGCGAGUGGGCAGAUAGUAGAUUUGGAAACCAGUAUGCUAAGAGAGCAACAGUUUCAGUUGAACAAACUGCGCGUGGAGAUUAUAAAGUGUCGAGAUGUGAUGGAUUCUUUUGUGGCAGAGAGGGAUUUCAUGAGGGCACAGGAGGAGAAGGAGACUCUCACUCAGCUGGAGAGGCAGAAGGAUGAGAUACAGAAGAGCAUAGAUGAGUUGAAGAACGUCAAGGUCACAAGAGGCCUCAAGGACAAGAAUAAGAAACAGAAGGAAGGUGAGAACAACAAAGAAGACGAGGUCGGAGAAAAGUGCGGAGAAGGCGAUGCUAGUGAUUCUCACGAAAAUGAUGGGAUGAGAUCGGGUCAGAAUCGAGAGAGCACAGAGGAAACGAAGGACCCGAUUGCGAUCUUCCAGUGGCUCUCGAUCGCCCACCGGAUCCCUCAGCAGGUGCGAUUCAACAGUCUGCCCCUGGCUCUGCAGCAACUGAGGACCACUCUGGUCCAGAGACUGGCCACUCCCGUGGAUGCUGUGCGGCUGAAGACAGUCCAGUGCAUCGGAGUGUACUCUGUGUUUGAUAAAGAAUAUGCAGUCCAGAUGUUGCCACUGAUUGUACAGGUGGUUCUCAUGGAUCGCAAGGAGAAGGUGCAGCUUGUGGCUUUUCGGGUUCUCUUCGAUAUCCUCCUUCGUCAUGGACUGUCUGCCGUAACUGCAUCCACCAACGAUCAAAACACCGACGGAGACACAACAAGUGGAGGAGUGUUGGAGAUGACGUCACUGAAUGAAACUUUCCUAAAUCACAACCACAACAGAAUAGUCACUUCGCCUGAUCUCAACAGCUCAACGGGGUCCAAUCACGCCUCGGAUCAGGACGGAGAAUCUGCAGGAGACAGAAUGUUGGCGGAUGAUGAGAGUUCGCCGAACUCAAAGCGACUCAUCAAUAUACUCGUCAAAUAUCUAGACAGUGUUAAUUCUGAGAUGAGAUGUGCGGCUGUGGAGGGGCUGUCUAAACUGAUGUUGCAUGACCGAAUCACGUCGCCCGAGAUAUUCUGCCGCCUGUGUAUUCUCUGGUUCAGCCCCACCUCCAAACAAGAGGGAUACCUCAAACAGUGUCUAGGACAGUUCUUCCCUCUGUUCGCCAUCGGAUCAAAAGCACACCAAGACUGCAUCAGGAAAUCAUUUCUGCCUGUGGUGAGGACAAUCUACAAGGCGCCUCUCACCUCUCCCCUCGCCUCGAUUGACUGUGAGCUGCUGACCAAGUAUCUAGUCACCAUCAUGUCUCCAUGUAAUGAAAGACUCAUUCUUCAGAACCCGGAAGGAGUUGACAUUCUCAGGCAAGCAGCAGCCCACGAACAACUGGGCAAGCAGUUGUGCGAGGAGAUUUUGACCAGACCUGAAGAGAGAUACGUUCCCUGUCUGGCCAAGGCUCUGUCUCAGUUGGAGAUCACUCCAGAGUCUACUAUAUUCACACAACAGGAGUUCAGCGAGUAUCUCAACCAAAUUGAACUG